AUGGACACUAGCAGGUACAGGCACUGGGGUUGCUGGAAGCAGAGGAGCCAGAGGUCCUGUCUCCUGGCCCUGGCUGUCCUGGUCGCCGUAAUCCUGUGGGCUCUCAUUUUGAGCAUCCUAUUGUCCAAGGCCUCCAUGGAGCGCAGGGCUCUGCUGAGCAGCCAGGACCUGCUCAAGAUAAACGCGACGAAGCAGACAGUGACGCUGGAGACCUUGAAGGAGGAGGUCGGAGCCUGCAGCAGCUGCUGUUCUGGGACUCAAGCGCAGCUUCAGGCCACGCGCGCGGAGCUCGGGGAGACGCGGGCUAAGCUGACCCAGCAGGAGAGAGCCCUGAAAGAACUGCGUGAAAACGCGACCCAAGGUUUGGCUGAAGCCGGCAGAAACCGCGAGAAUGUCCGCGAUGAGCUGUUCCGGGUGCUGGAUGCUGUCAAGCUCCAGAACAGCUCCUGCAACCCAUGUCCUUCGUCGUGGCUGUCCUUUGAGGGUUCCUGCUAUUAUUUCUUGGUGUCCAAGGCUACGUGGACAGAGGCUCGCCACCGUGCAGAUGCAGGCGCACACCUGGUGAUUGUUGGGGGCGUAGAUGAGCAGGUUUUCCUGACUCAGAAUACACAUGGCCAAGGUUACUGGCUGGGCCUGAGGGCUGUGCGACACCAGAGCAAGAUUCAGGGAUACCAGUGGAUGGAAGGAGUCCCACUUAGCUUCAGAUGAGAGAACAUUGGGGAGCCCAGUGACUCUCGGGGGCUUGAGGACUGUGUUAUGCUCCUGUACACAGGGAUGUGGAAUGAUGCACAGUGUGACAGUGACAAAGCUGGCUGGAUCUGUGAGAAGAGGCGAAGAUGCUGA